AUGCAUUCACACUUCUCGAAAAUCAGACUUUCGCUGGCAGCCGCACCCAUUAACCCUCGGUGGCGUCAUCGCCAGUCGCGACCUGUUUACAGCGAGCGAGCACCGCUCCGCCUCGGCUCCGCGGACCGGCUCAAAUCCGCCGUCGUCCCGUGCUCCGGGAGGAUGACCAUGGAUUUUGACCUGUUGUGUUGUUCUCGUCGUGUUGCUGCAGUCCAUGAGCUGGAGCCCACAGCGGACCAGAGUCCAGAAGAGGGACACCUCAGCCCGGAGGUGACCGCGGCGCGCGGCCCUCCGCACCCACAGGAGCAGCCGGGCCGGACCGUGGUCCUGGACGCCUCCAGCGACUCCUACCUCCUCUUUGAGGACCGGAGGUUCGUGGUCAAGGCCUUCAGGCUGUUCCACCGCAUCCCCUCCUUCGGGUUUUGCAUUAAGGAGCACGAUCGACCCGGGAGACUGAAGACUGAGCUCCUGAAGGAACUAGGUACGUCUUCAAUGCUCCUGGUGUCUGCGUGGCACAGCUGCAGGGAGGAUGACUGA